UUGAAAUCAGUUUUUUCCCAGCCUUUUUAUCGUGCAGUUGAAUCUUCUUCCAAAAGCGAAGUUAAAUUUUCAGACGUGACCAAAAUAUCAUCUGCGUUUUGUGUGAAUUAGAGGUGUACUUUUCGAAUCCCUAACAAAACAACUUCAUUAAAUUAGCAGUGACUAAAUUUCUUUCGCGCUUAAAAUAAUGAUCGAUUGCUAAAAGUGAAAAGCGAGCUCCUAUUUCAAUUCUAUUCUAUCCUAUUCCCAUCGUCGUCGUCGCACGUCCAUCCCCUUAGAUCUAAGAUCCAACACUCUCAAGGUUGAGUGCCAUUCAUCGUUUUACUUUUUGUUGUGCAUUGUUUUUGUAGAUUGUGUUGUGUUUGUUUUUUUUUUGUUGUGUUGUAAUUUACUUAUUGCACCCCCUUUGACAUGCGAACACGUUGCGAAGCACCCGUAGACAGUGCAUCGUCGUCGUCGUUGCAACUAAAUACCUUAUAAUGUCGGAUAAUCUGGCCGUGCGAUGGAUGCGCCGCUACAAGUUCUUCUUCCUAAUCGGUCUGCUCAUUAUAGGAUUACAAGUUUUCCUUGCUUAUAAAUCGCUAGGCAUUCCCGAUCUGAGUUUCAGCUCUGGAAGCAAUCUCUUUUCGUCGUCCUCCUCCAGCGAGAGCAAAUCAAAAACUCAACAAAAUGACAACUCUGUGGCCGACGACGAGGACCUCAAUGGGGGUCCUGUAAAGCAGCGUGACACUGUUAAUUCGGCUGGACACAGUGGCAAUUUAAAUGUGGAUCAAUUAGGCUUUCAGCCAUCAUGUGAUAUUACAGCAAAAGAAGCAAUAUCUGCACUACGACGCGCAAAAACGAAAGAAUGUCGCAAGCAAAUAGCAAAUGUUGCGUGUACCAUUCAAUCAAUGGAAUUCUAUGCGCGACGUCUACCGAACUAUUGUUUAAAUAGUAAUUACACAGCAAACAAGCCGUUGGGCUGUUAUCGGGACGAGAAGGAGUAUCGCCUGUUGUCGGGAUACUUUACGAAUUUCAAACGAAAUAACUCACCAAAGAAAUGCAUCCAGAUGUGCCUUCAAUCGGGUUUCCCCUAUGGCGGAGUACAGUAUGGUACUGAAUGCUUUUGCGGAGCUGAUAUGCCACCAUCGGCAGCUAAGCUGCCCGAUUCAAGUUGUAAUAUGAAGUGCCCUGGCGAUGCCAAAGAAGUCUGUGGGGGAUAUUUUAGCAUGAAUAUAUUUGAAACUGGUAUUGCAAAAUUCACACCGCAAAUAGCUGAAACUAUUCCAAAACCGGAAACCGAACGUGUCCGAAUUGCUUUCCUGCUUACAUUGAAUGGCCGUGCUCUGCGUCAAGUGCAUCGUCUAAUCAAAGCGCUCUACUCACCAAAUCAUGUGUUCUACAUUCAUGUGGAUUCGCGCCAAGACUACUUGUACCGUGAACUCUUACAGCUUGAAUCAAAAUUCCCCAACAUACGUCUGGCUCGAAAUCGAUUUUCGACCAUUUGGGGUGGAGCUUCUCUCUUAACCAUGCUGAUGCACUGCAUGAGUGAUCUUCUGGCAUCCGAUUGGCAAUGGGAUUUCGUGAUAAACUUGAGCGAAAGUGAUUUCCCCGUUAAACCGGUGGAGAAACUGGCCAAUUUUUUAACCGCCAACAAGGGAAGGAAUUUCGUGAAGAGUCACGGUCGUGAAACACAACGAUUCAUCCAGAAACAAGGCCUGGAUAAGACCUUCGUAGAAUGUGAUACUCAUAUGUGGCGCAUAGGUGAUCGUGUUCUGCCAGAAGGUAUACAAAUCGAUGGAGGAAGCGACUGGAUCGCUCUGUCCAGACCAUUUGUGCAAUACGUCACUAACAACGAAAAUAAUGAGCUUCUCGAAGGCUUACUCACAAUCUUCCGACAUACACUGUUGCCUGCCGAGUCAUUCUUUCAUACAGUCCUGCGGAAUUCCCAAUUUUGCCAAACUUAUGUGGACAACAAUUUGCAUGUGACCAAUUGGAAGCGAAAAUUAGGUUGUAAAUGUCAGUAUAAACAUGUUGUCGACUGGUGUGGCUGUAGUCCGAAUGACUUCAAGCCCGACGACUGGGCGCGACUGCAGGGGACGGAGCAAAAAAUGCUUUUCUUUGCCCGGAAGUUUGAACCGAUCAUCAAUCAAGCAAUCAUACUACAACUGGAAGAGUGGCUUUUUGGUCCCUAUACCAGUGAAUAUGUGAAUCUGAAUUCAUAUUGGCAAAGUUUAUAUCAUCAUUCUGACAAACAUUCAAGCGCCGAUGAUCUCUAUUUGACUGUGGCUCAGAGUAUCUUGAGAAUCAAUGGCAGGAAGAUGCACUUUGGUAAAUUUUCUCUGCAUGAAAUUACGAAUUUCUUAAGCAAUGACGAGUACAAAGGAUUCCUGCUGCGCUACAGUGCUCAACGAUUACCUUCAAACGUGACUGUUGACUUUGAGACUCGCAUCCGACCGACACAGUAUCCAAAAGUAGCGCGCUCUUCAAAAUUCGCCAAACGCCUUCGAAAUUUCGAAGUGAGCUCAGAUUUCGAUCAAAAAGAGCAGAUCUCCAGGAACUACGGAAAGUUCCUCGGCCCAUCCACCGAUAUAGUAUUGAGUUUUACCUUCACCGGUUCAGCUCACUCAGAUAGUCAUUCCUAUAAUAUGACAGUCCUUUGGAUUGAUCCAAUGGGAAUGCUGCAGGAUUUCAAUGAAAUUCACAUCGAAGACACCCAAUCGGAUGCAAUUAACUUCUCCAAAGCCAACCUGAAGCAUCCUCUGACUCCUGGAAUAUGGACUGUGAAGUUGAUUGGUCGAACCUCAAUCUAUGCUCAGACGAAAUUUCUCAUCUCACCAUUUGCCUUCGAACAUGGCAAAUUAAUUCGACCGGAUCGAUCGCAGAAAGUACAUUCGGGAAGCCCUCAAGACAUAUCAUAUCCGACAGACUGGCAGCAAUAUUUGCCACCAGUCGAAGACAUUAAAAUAUUAAAAGAGCUCGCUCAAGCGAAUGCCCAGCGCACAGAUGCAAAACUACUCAAUUGGAUCGAUGAUUUGGUUAGUAAGUUCUUCCUCAUCCGUGAAACGUGUGUUGCCGGCAAUAAGCCACUCAGUGAUUUAUCGUCGCCCUUAUGUAAAGAUACUGACUGGAGUUCGCUAGCUCCUGAUCCAAAAAGUGACGUAGACGCAUUGUUGCAUCGUCGACGACGAAGAUAAGAACAAAAAGAAAAUAUCCAAAAUACUUAUUUUUUAUUUAUUUUAAAUGUUUUAUGUUUAUGGAAAACAGUAUUUUCCAUAUAAAUAGUUUUACUUGUAUAGUAUUUGUUAUUUUUAAACCUUGUCUUGUAAAAAAAACACAUCUUUUCCUUCUCACCUUUCUUAGAAGUUUAAGUUUAAAAUGAGAGAAAAAAACAAAAAUCGAAGAAAACACAAAAAGGUAUUUGUUUGCAUAAACAACGUAAUGUAUUUAUUUUUGAUAAAGGAAACAUAAAUAUCCUAUAUUUUUUAGAUAAAUGGAAAAAAAAUGUGUAAAAAUAUUAUGUACAAACAAUUUAAUGGCAGAAUUUAUGGAAAAUGUUAUUCCGUUGAGUUGUUAAUUGCAGUUAUGAAUUUUACUCAUAAUCAAUGUUAAAUUAUAAAUUUUAAAUUAAAUUUUUUAAACCUUCUUUGUAUCUUCUGAGUUAAAAACACGAACUUGUAUUAAAAAACUAAAUUGUUAAGUCUAUUUUUAAAUACGUUAAAAAUAUAUCAAAUAUCGGCACAAACUGUUGUGUCGUGUUUUUGCCAUCUGGCAGUUAACAACAAAUUUAACAAAUAUCAAAAGUACCUUCUAAGUUAGUUCUAGACUAUACAGCAACUUGUUAUCCCUCUUUAACUCGUUUUUAUUUUAAUUGACGGACAUUUUUUAGACUCCUUUAUGACUCUUAUGUUUAUGUGCAUUUAAUCCAUAUUUAAAUUUAUAAAAACAAUUAUUAUAAAGUCAAUAAUUUUCCAUAACUUCUGCUCAAUAUAUAUUUAACGCAAUCAGCGGCAUUAGAAUAAUAUGUGAUAUAUUCUUAUAUAAUGUGGUUUAUGUACAGGUACAUAUACUUUUUAAAAAUAUAUGUUAUAAAAUAAUAUUCAACUUCACAACUUCAAAAUUUCAAUGAACUAAUAUAAAUACUCGUAAAGCAGGCCAUACACGUUGAUUAGGUUGAAAGGUCAGUUCUUCCUUUGGAUAUUUUUAUUUUUUAUUUAAAGUCUAUGUAGGAAUCGGCUUCCUUUCGAUGGAUUCAACGUGAAGGGCAAUUUUUAACAUUUAAUUAUUAAUACUGUCUACACAUUUACUUACUUCAUUAAUACGUUUCUCGUUUUGUUUAAUGUUUUUUUUUUCUAGCUCUAUGUAUAAUGACGUAAAUUUUAAUAGAAUAUUAAAUUCGUAACAAUGCAAAUAAAAUUUAAAUUACAAAUAAAAUGAACAUUUCAUUAUUAAUAUAUUAUUAUGUAAAUACAAACAUAUUUUUAUUGAUCCGCGAAAAUGUUAUUAAUAUUGUUAAACUGCGCAAAGCAAUGCAAUUAAUGUUGCUUGAAUGUAAAUUUACAAUUGAAAAGAAAAGUAUUUGUAAAAAAAAUGAAAUUAUAAGAAAUAAUAGUAAUAACAAUUUUUUUUAAUUACAUCAAAAGAGAGAAGAG